AUGGAAAACAACGAAGCCAACAACAACGCGAGCAUCGCUUCCGUGGAUGGCAUAAACCAGAUGGCCAGUUGGGUUAGCACGUAUGUGACCUCCGCCUUCUUCUCCUCUCUGGAGCGCUUUUCCUGCGUCAAUAUCCAAACAGCCGAUCACGAUGAUGAUGACGAUGAGGGCGACGUCCGCCCUCUCAGACUAUUCUCAACCGCCUCUCGCGACACCGUCGAUGAGCUCCCGGUUUGA